AUGGAGGACGAGGUGACGUUCCUCUUUCAGCUGGGUGUGCUGCGGGACGCGGUGUCGGCGCCUGCGCAUCGGCUCACUCUCGCACACCUUAAGGAGCUCGCUGUCAAGUUUGUACACGAUAAGAUCCCAGACAACGGACUUAAUAGGCUAUCAGAUCGCAUUCUACUGUUCCGCCACGACUACUGUUCGCCCAACGUGCUGCAGCUCGUCAAUUCCUCUACCGAUGUCACGGACGAGACCCUGGUCGAGAUCGUUCUCACAGCAAACCCCACCAUAUGCGACGGCGGUACGGAGCAGCCGGUGUCGCGGCCGCACGCGUUGGCCGUGCACUCGUACAAGGCGCCGACGUUCUGCGACUUUUGUGGCGAGAUGCUGUUUGGCUUGGUGCGGCAGGGGCUAAAAUGCGAAGGGUGCGGGCUAAACUACCACAAGCGAUGCGCAGUGAAAGUACCGUCAAAUUGCAAGACACCCGUCGCAGGCGCAGGCGCCGCGGGUACUUCCCGUCGUCAGUCGGGGGCGCCCCGCAGUCCGUCACGGACGUCUGCGCACAGCCACGCGUCGCAGGACGACUCCCUGGUGGGAAGCGCGAGCAAGCGAUCGACGAACACGUGGCCGACGAGUUCGCUGGGCAUCCCUCACACUUUCCAAGUGCACUCUUACACCAGACCGACCGUCUGUCGUCUCUGCAAGAAGCUGUUGCGCGGCCUUUUCAAGCAAGGCCUUCAGUGCAGGGACUGUCAUUACAACGCCCACAGGAAAUGUCUGCCGUUCGUGCCCAAGGACUGCGGCGGAGAGAUACGGGAUUUACACGGGGAGUUCCAAGACAGCUGCAGCACGAGCAGUGAAGUAUCGGACGGGACUCGAGCGCAACUCGACGAGGAGUCUGAUGAUGGAGACGUGAACAACGGUGAACACGAUGAGCCCGUUCAACUACGCAACAGUGAAACGGAUCCCGAAGAAGAACCUCAACGCGAUACGUCACCGAGUCGACCCAGCAGUGCUUCGUCGUCUCCGAGUGCCAACAUCCCUCUGAUGCGAAUAGUGCAGUCCGUGAAGCACACCAAGAAGAGAGAGGGCCAGUGGCUGAAGCAGGGCUGGCUGGUGCACUUCACGAACAAGGACGCCACCGUCCGUCGGCACUACUGGCGCAUGGACAGCAAGUGCAUCACGCUGUUCUCUUCCGAGAACGGAACCAAGUACUACAAGGAGAUUCCUCUGCACGACAUUCUCGCCAUCCAGACCGCCAGACACCCGCACUCCGAGGUGAUGCACUGCUUCGAGCUGCGGACCGCCAACGUGGACUACCUGGUGGGAGCGGAGGAGGCCGGCGGCUCUGCGCCGGAGUCGGGGCUGGGGGCCUAUCUCGCCCGCUCCUGGGAGACCGCCAUCCGCCACGCCCUGCUGCCGCUCAAUGUGCACGUCCCGCGGACCGGUGAAGGUCAAAGCGGCGGAGGCUCUCAGCGCGGAGGGGGUCGCCUGGAAAUGUCGCAGCUGUACCAGAUCCACCCCGACGAGGUGCUGGGUUCGGGGCAAUUUGGAAUCGUCUACGCCGGCCUACAUCGCGAUACGCUCAGACCUGUCGCUAUCAAGGUGAUAGACAAACUCCGCUUCCCGACCAAACAGGAGGCCCAGCUGAAAAACGAAGUGGCCAUCCUGCAGAACUUGUCCCACCCGGGGGUGGUCAACCUGGAGAGGAUGUUCGAGACCCCCGAACGCAUCUUCGUGGUGAUGGAGCGGCUGAAGGGAGAUAUGUUGGAGAUGAUUCUGUCCCACGAGCGCGCUCGAUUACCGGAGAGGAUCACCAAGUUUGUGGUCGCACAGAUCCUGGUGGCGCUCAAGCACCUCCACGAGAAGAACAUAGUCCACUGCGACCUGAAGCCCGAGAACGUGCUGCUGUCUUCGGACGAGCAGUUCCCGCAGGUGAAGCUCUGCGACUUUGGCUUCGCUCGCAUCAUCGGGGAGAAGUGCUUCCGCCGGUCCGUGGUCGGCACUCCGGCCUACCUCGCCCCCGAAGUGCUGCGCAACGCGGGCUACAACCGCUCGCUGGACAUGUGGUCGGUGGGCGUCAUCGUCUACGUGUCGCUGUCCGGCACCUUCCCCUUCAACGAGGACGAGGACAUCAACGAGCAGAUCCAGAACGCGGCCUUCAUGUACCCGCCCACGCCCUGGAGGGAGAUCUCGCCGGAAGCCGUCGACCUGAUCAACAAUCUGCUGCAAGUGAAGCAGCGCAAACGCCUGUCCGUGGACAAGUGCGCGGCCCACGCCUGGCUGCAGACCUGCGAGGCCUGGCAAGACCUCAGGGCCCUCGAGCGGAGGGUCGGAGCGCGCUACCUGACGCACCCCAGCGACGACCAGCGCUACCAGGCGCACUGA